UCUUAACUUUACCUUUUUCUAUGUUUAUUUGCAGAGCAGAGGCCUUGUCGUUGCCUUUCCUCUGCACCACCUGACCUCAGCUGCAUCACUGUUCUCUCUAUAUUUCUGUCUCUGGGUUAACCCAUCCCCUAAUUUUGCCUCGAACCUUCAAUGGGUUAGCUCACCUUUUUCACUGUUUCACUUUAAUUGAGCUCUUGGCGCCAUCUUCAUCGGAUUCCCCAUUGCUUCCUGUGAACCGCAUAAUGGAGCAGACAAGACACAACAGCAGGAUUAACUGCUCUGGUUCGACACCAUCCGAGGAAUCAGCUCUGGAUCUUGAAAGGAAUUGCUAUGGUCACUCUAAUUUACCUUCCUUCAGUCCACCUACACUUCAGCCAUUUGCAUCAGCUGGACAGCAUUGUGAGAGCAAUGCAGCUUACUUUUCAUGGCCGACCCCCAUUCGAUUAAGCGUUGCAGCCGAGGAGAGGGCAAACUACUUCGCAAAUCUUCAAAAAGGGGUUCUACCAGAUAUCCUUCAUCCAUUACCAAAAGGGCAGCGAGCCACCACGUUACUCGAGCUCAUGACAAUACGAGCCUUCCAUAGCAAGAUCCUACGUUGUUACAGUCUCGGAACGGCGAUUGGAUUCCGUAUCCAAAAGGGCGUGCUGACCGACAUUCCUGCUAUUCUUGUUUUUGUUUCCAGGAAAGUUCAUAAGCAAUGGCUUAGUCCUAUCCAAUGCCUGCCCACCGCGUUGGAGGGGCCGGGAGGUGUGUGGUGCGAUGUCGAUGUUGUAGAAUUCUCGUAUUUUGGUGCACCCAACCCUGCUCCUAAAGAACAGCUAUACACCGAAAUUGUCGAUGACCUGCGUGGCUCCGAUCUAUGCAUUGGCUCUGGUUCUCAGGUGGCUAGCCAGGAGACUUAUGGGACCUUGGGUGCUAUCGUAAGGAGUCAAACGGGCAGUCGACAGGUUGGUUUUCUCACGAACCGUCACGUUGCAGUUGAUUUGGAUUAUCCGAAUCAGAAGAUGUUUCAUCCUCUGCCACCGACGCUUGGGCCGGGGGUGUAUCUCGGUGCUGUGGAGAGAGCUACUUCGUUCAUCACAGAUGAGCUUUGGUAUGGAAUUUUUGCUGGAAUAAAUCCAGAAACGUUCGUCAGGGCAGAUGGGGCGUUUAUUCCUUUUGCUGAUGAUUUCGACAUGUCGACCGUCACUACAUCUGUAAAAGGUGUGGGAGAGGUCGGUGAUGUGAAGUUUAUCGACUUGCAGUCACCUAUCAGUACCCUCAUAGGGAAGCAGGUCGUGAAAGUCGGAAGAAGUUCGGGCUUGACUACCGGAACUGUUUUGGCCUAUGCUCUCGAGUACAAUGACGAGAAAGGAAUAUGCUUCUUAACCGAUUUUCUCGUCGUUGGUGAGAAUCAACAGACUUUUGAUCUCGAAGGAGAUAGCGGAAGUCUCAUCAUUUUAAAGGGCGAGAAUCGAGAGAGUUUGCAACCAAUUGGGAUUAUAUGGGGUGGAACUGCUAACCGAGGUCGUCUUAAGUUAAAAGUAGGCCAACCUCCUGAGAAUUGGACAAGUGGGGUCGAUCUCGGGCGCCUUCUCAAUCUGCUUGAACUUGAUCUAAUCACAACUGAUGACGGGUUUAAAGCAGCAGUGCAAGAACAAAGAACCGUCUCGGCAACAGUUAUCGGGUCGAUUGUCGGAGACUCCUCUCCUCCCGACACAACGCUGCCAAAGGAUAAAAGUGAAGAGAAGUUUGAGCCAUUGGGUUUUCAAAUCCAGCAUAUGCCAACAGAAGUAGAACCUUCUUCAGCUAAAGACCGACCACUCCUGGAGACCGAGUUUCAUCUCGAAGCUGGGACGAGCACAGCUCCCAGCGUCGAACAUCAGUUCAUUCCAAGCCUUUUUAGUUGCUCUCCCUCCCUUUCAAACAGCACUCUGGGUCGAGCUGUUUCCCAGAACCUGUCUUCACUCCGGAGCGACUGCGAAGACAUUUCCGUUUCCUUGCACUUGGGUGAUCACGAAGCUAAGAGACGACGUUCGGAUGCUUCUGUUUCCAUGGAAGAGCUGAAAUAGAUCGUGCUCGUAAGAUCUUCGAACAAAUGCACAUUUUUCUGCACUGUUAUGGCUGUAUGUUUAACUUUUCUGGUCUCUUUUUCUUCAUGUUUCAAUGUAAAUUUACAUGAACUCUGGAAAGAAAGUAUUUAACUGAUGCUCAAACUGAAUUAACUGUAUCUUUUGAGCUUAAGAGUUGGAAGCAGUCUUUGUUCGUCUUUGUUUCA